AUGGAGACCAGUGAAUAUGAGACGAAUACAUUAUCGAUAAACAACAUCGCGUCAAUAGCCUUUCGUAUUUACGAGCCAUCGUCAGACCAAUCGCACACCUUCCAAUCGUCCGCUCUCGAGAUCCAAAGUGCGCUGCGUGAUCAAGGGAAACUUGUUUCAUAUGACACCGAUCGAAUAGGAAUAUGGGUCUUCCAAAUCAUUAGCAAAGAUGGAGCAAGCAAGACGGUCAGUUUUGCCCAAGGAGCCAGUCUCGAAGCUUGCGGCUACACGCUAGGAAUGGUAGAUGAGGGCACACUCGAACCUGUAGCUUUACAAAAGAGCCGCACCCCAGGCAACACUACGCAGAACUCCUCGAUUACUUCGACCGUAUCUCCUGCUGAAACAACCCAGCGUACUCCCCUUAUUUCACCGACACAGACCGCUGCUGGAGGAUUCUCAGAAGCUAGCUCUCAACCUUUAAACCAGGUUGCCGAUAAUCGGACGACGCAGCCAGCACCGAAGAUCGUUUACGAACAGUUCAUAAUCGCGGCAAUAUCCUCCGUAACAAUUGCGUUUUGCAGCCAGUCUAUGGCAAUCCCUCUCAACUACAGGACAAUAUUGAUCCCACCAUUGCAAGCCGAUGCAAACGAACAUGAAAGAGGCUCUUUGCAAGCCGAUCCCGUUAUCGGUACAUUCAAAACCUACAUCACAACCACUGGCUCCCUUGUUAUCAGCCUUUAUUUCUCGCAUUGCAAGAACUUGGCCAUGGCGGAGGAUGCGUAUGGUGGAGAUUCCUCUUUGCCGAGCAGCUCGAUUUUAGCUGCCCCCUAUGGUGUUUUUGCAACAAAGCAGAACUUUACGAAUGGGGAUGGGGAUCGAAGUUAUGCACAGACGCCAAACACCCAAGCCUUGAGUGUUAGAAGUAUACCAGACACAACUGAUUCUCUUUGGAAGCAUUCAUGCCUCAAAGCACUCGAACAUUGCGGGCUCAACUCAUCCAGUUUCAAAGCAAGUUCCUGGGUCAAUCUUCUCAUCACUAAGCCAACUUCGCAAGAUGCAGAUGGAGAACCGAAACGGUCUCGAGCGACCGUUCCAUGGCCUCGAGCACUCUGUUUCCGAAAGAAGCCCAUGGAGGUGUCAACGACACACCGUAUUGGGGAUACCAUACUAAGUGGCCAUGAGGAGUGCCAUGAUCCUUUGGGUGAUGCUCGUGGAUGGUUCGCGAGUUCGUCGGAAAGGGAAGAGAGGAUCUCCAAACGCAAAGCCGAGCGGACUCUUGCUAUCCCUAAGGAAGUGAACGGUGCUAACACACAAGCUCAAAACAUCAAUGGACAGUCCCCCUUAGCAAUGCGGCGACCCAGCACUGCCGCUGCUGCUGGUGUCAUGUAUCCGACACCUCCUGAUGCAAUUCAGCAACAUCUUGGCGUCACUCCUUCUAUCGACGGGGCGAUUUCAAGCCCCAACAACCCGCCCCCAACUCUUGCAGUUGUUGAUACUGAUAUUAUGAUGCCAACAGCGACACCGGUUGCUGACGCUGACCAUGAUGGAUGGGGAGGUCAUCAUGAACAAAAGAGAGAACGAAGCGAUAGCAAUGCCAUCCCUGACUCAGAUGACAUAAUGAACGGCAUGGGCGAGGACGUCUUUGGUGACCACGAUGUGACGGAGGAUGAUUUCAACUUCUUCGAUGGCCCGGACGCCAAUGACUUGGAUAUUGAUAUGGUCGAUUUGCAGCCAAAUCUUCCUCCUCAACAAGCGAUGCCUCCGCCGAUAGUAUCACAACCAGAGCCCCAGAAAGGUUUUGUGCCACAACCUGAAGUCAAGCCAAAAACCAAGACCAAUGAUUCUGUGUUUGCUAAGCCAGAGCUGAAGCAUGCCCGAAGCUCACUUAACGACGAGAUUAACCACAGGGUUAAGAUUGAGCGACCGCACUCCAACAAGCGCGGAUCAAGCCCCUUUGAUCCAGCCACUGUUUUCAAACGAGUUCGGGCCUCUCUGGCUAGUCCUACACAAGAGGGCUUUGGUCUUCAGCCACCAUUUCGAAGAAAAAGCAGUAUUUUUGAAAAGGUCGAGUUCGACCCCAAGAUUCCCUUAAUUAACAAGAAGUACGAACAUGGUGGUGCUUUUGACUUUUCAAAGGAUCAGUGCAGUGAAGAUUCAAGGCGUGAUGCUCGAAGUCUUUCCCGAGACGAGUAUCUUGAACGGCAAGGAAAACUCAAGCCUGAUUCGAAGCCGCUCCCCGGUGGCUCUCUGAUCCGAAGCCUGACUGGUGUGGAUGGGCCUACUGCUCAUGCUAGCUCUCAGAGACUGAAUGGAAAUGCAUUUCUUUCAGAGGACAGUGAUAUUGAUUCCGAUGGGGAUGACUUGAGCUCGCUUUCUGGUGGACCCGUUUCGCCUGUCAAGUCUAGCGUGAAACGAACAGUGGUUGAUGAUGAUGCUCUUUCGCAAGCUACAACGUCGAGAGAGGCAGAUCUGGCAGAUGAUGCCGCCGAAGAGCAACUUGCCAUUGAGCUCCCCAAAUUGUCAAAGGCGGAGUCGCCAGAAAUGCUACUGCACCGUUUCUUCUCGGACCCGGAGCCACUCAAUGUGGAUGUAGGACUUUCCAACCAGGACUUUGUUGAGGUUGCACAAAUCAUCACUGAACAGGCUGCCACUGGACGACUUGAAAUUGGCAUUGACCAUAAGAACGAUUCAUCACUUUCGCUCGCAACUUUGAGAGGCCAUGAAUUGGGCAUUGCCCGUAGCUCGCUUCAACUGCUUCAUAACAUUAUUCCACCCAAUCUAGGGAGUGCUACAGCCGUGCGGUUGAAGGCUUUGCUUGAGAUUCAAGAUCUUCCACUUGUGGGACAACCGAACCGUCUCCAGCCCCGACCGAUACCAGGCAGAGAUCCUAACUCUGAGCACCUGAGGGCCAACAACCUAUACCAAAUUCCUGUGCCUCAUCUUGAAGUUCGCAGAUCAGAGACGAAACUCUCAGUGCUUCCAUCAUCAGUACAAUUCUGGGAAGGCCUUGGACUGUCACCUUCAUGGGGAACAAAAGACAUCACCGCGCUCUGCAUAUUUCCAGGUUGGAAAGGGAUGGCUGAUCAUGUUGGAAGUUUCAUCAGCCGCUUGAAGAGUGUAUAUGAAUCUCUAAAACUGGGCAAUUUCAAUAACCUGGCCUUGUCUGGAGACUGGGAAGAUGGCGUCUUGCCAUAUGAGGUUGAUAGGAUCUCAACCUCACCUGACGCAACUGUCACGGGCCAUGGCUCUGCCCUCGUGGAGAGUAUGGAAGUGCUCCGAAGCUCUCUAUCGGAGUGGAAGUCUAAGGACAAAAACCUGGUCAUCUACUUUGUUUAUUCACCCGACAACCCAGCCUCUAUCAUUGAAGCAUGCACCGCCUUUUACCGUUGUUUCGACGAGUAUAGUGAACUCUUGGCAGCUCGUCGGGAAUCUCCCCAAAAUGAGUUGGUACUGCAGCUGGUGUCGUCGGAGCUGAUUUCAUCUACAGCGUCGCUGGUUGUGCCCAGCCCCGCAGAGAUGAUCAAACUCUGUCUGGAGACAUACGACAGAUGCACGCUGUUUCUGGACUUUGAAUUUGGAGGUCCGACUCCUGCUCCAGCGAUCAUGCUUGAACAGCCUCCGCCUCGAAUGAUAGAUUUCAAGCUUACAACUUCGCCUUCUCAGUCUCUCAUGCAUGAGAAUUCGUGUCUUCAUGUUGGAUAUGCUGAAAGUCUUGACGGCCGGUGGAUUACAGCUGCAUGGACCGAUAACCGCGGACAACGGCAAGCGACUACAUCCUACUCAAUCACAAGGAGCAGAACCCCUGACCGCACUACUUCUCUACACAAACAGGCCAUCAUGGCUGAAAUUUGGGCGACGACACUGACCAUGAUGGCGGUUUGGAAAGUUCAUUGGCGAGUGAUUAUUACCAAGUCAGGGCCCAUGGACCAGAAGGAAGUGGAGUGGUGGCAAACAGCAUCGACACUGGACGACAAACACUCCUUUACCAUGAUCCUGAUGUCUGUAGAUACCAACCCAUCUCUACAGCUUGUGCCACCGGCUGUGAGGGUUCCCCAUGCGGCAACUUCGGCGUUCUACUCGACCCCGGCAUCUACACCCCAAGCCAGUAUCGUUUCGCCGGAGCAGACCACGACUCCAGCAACCCCCAUGCGCGAAAACAUGACCUUGGCUGCUACACCAGGUGCAGAUACUGCUACAGAAGCAGAUGCUGACUCUUUCCUGAUCGACGCCACUGAUCAGACAUGGGGCGCUAUUGUCGGACAUAGACUCGGCAAUUCUACCACGCUGCUGGAGGUGAGACCCGCACUUGCCAGCGGUUACUUGAUUAAACGGACGGGAAUAAAACUCGAGGAUCCACCUGUGGUGAUGGAGGUCAAUCUCGUUCAUACAGAGGCCACUCCUCGUGCAUAUGAACCUCUUUUGAGAGAAAUGUUGUGCUACUUCAGGGGUUUAGGGACCCUAGCCAGGGCACGAGGUGUCGUAGACCGCGAGAUGGAUGUUCGGCCUUGGCAUAUUGCUGCAGCGGAGAAGGGCGUGCGGGCGCUGCAUCUGUUGCUAUAA